UGUAGAAAAGAAAGAAAGAAACAGGAAGCUGAGCCUGGAAAGGCAACAGCGUGUUGUACUAUUUGGGAUCCAAAAGAUAUGGGGUUUUGUAUGAAAUUUGCAUUUGUAGUAUCGUGUGUAUUUGCAGGAUGGGUGAAUAUUCAACUUACUGUUGUUAAAUGCUCUGUUUACCCACUGGAGAUGAGUGACGGUGUACUAAAGCUUCAUACACCAGUCAUUCCCAUGUCACCUGUUUUCCAAGCGAACAGUUUGGGAUUUUUCUACUCUCUCAGUCUUUCAUCUAACUUUCCAGAGGACUUGGAGGUUAACGAACAUUGCAUUGAACUGCUCCGUAUCUUUGGUGAACGCUACGUGACGUAUGCGAACUGUCUGGUGACUUAUGCACGACCCGUCAAAAUCUGUCAGAACUGUUAUGCUGGCUUCAACAGUCUGGAGGAAAUAUAUACAAAUAUAUCAUCUGACCAGCCGGGUCCUGAAAAUAUCAGUUGCCAUGACAGCCUGAUGCGUUCUGAUAGGCUGAUGCUGCUCUAUAACCUUUACAGCAAACUAGAUGAGAUUUGGACAUCAGCAGGAUGCAAACAAUGUCUAAGUGGAGAUCAACAGACUCUGUCCAAUGAUACAAUUUACUUCAUGGCUACUCUGAAUAUAUCACUGACCUGCUUUGAGACAUAUCAGGGGAACCACUCUAAAUUGUGUACAGACUGCAAAGGCUCAUACAAAAGGUUGAACGAGCUCUAUGGCAGCAUGGAGAAAAACAAAAAGCUCUGCAUUGAUAUAGAGGAUGCAGUAAACAUGACACGGCGGUUAUGGAGUAAAAACUUUGGUUGCUCAUUCCCUCGUGAGGAGACUGUACCUGUCAUUGCAGUGUCCUGCUUCAUGCUCUUCCUUCCCAUCAUCUUCUACUUAAGCAGCUUCCUGCACUCAGAACAAAAGAAACGCAAGCUCAUACACCCCAAGAGAGCCAAGUCCAGCAGCAACCUAAUGAAUAUCCAGGACAAAUUCAGCUGAGUGGAGAUGGCAAGAGGGGCCACAGACUGAAUCUUUGGCUCACGUCUUCCACUAAAGGAAAAGGCGCUUUCUGCAUGGAUAGGUGGGGCUUACUUUUCUUGGACUCCAAGAUCAUCCUGGAUCAAAGACUUUAUGAUGAUGAUGUGCUAAUCACAUUCUAACAUUCUAUUUAUGUAGAUAUGUAUUAAUUUGAAUAUGCCAAGUACAAGAUUUGCGGCCAUUUUUCGCUGAUGUGUUAAAAAAAAGAGCUGUUUGUCAGUGCGAAUCAAUGAUAAUUUCAAUAUUAUGAAAGCUGUUAGUAUUAUAUAUUUGUAUUGAAUGAACGAAUGAAUGAAUGAGAGAGGGAGAUAUAUAUUUUACAUGAUACUGGUUUUGCUGCCUUUUUACUGCACUAAGAGAGCAUGGUACAUUUUUAAUUCAUUAUUGGUAAUGAUGAAUUGACACACAAUGGUACGCAAUGGUACCGCUUCUGGAAGCACUCCAUGUACAUUAGAGAAAGAUCUGGUAACAAAUACCGGAUUCAAGGUCAAAGGUGUAUGCCGUUAGUAGAAGAGAAAAGUAAAUUAUAAAAUAAAGGGAAAGGGAAAACAACGAGGCAUUUUUAAACACUUCAUGUGCCUGUUUACUGUAGACCUUUCAUUAUAUAAAUGGAGUAUUAUAGUCUUUCUUCACUUAUCAUAUGGAUAGAUGCUUUCAAGCAGUUAUCAUUUAAAUAACAGAAGACCAAUUAUUCAAAUAGAAUAAAAGGAAAAUGAAAGCAUAACAAAUAUUGUGUUGAAUCAGAAUAAUAAUUUAUUUGUUCAGCCCAGAUGUUGCCUGCAUCUAAAAGUAUUAAAGUGUAAAAUUUUGGUAACCUUACAGUAACUCGAAUCCAUUAUGUUUAUUCAUAGGAUCUGUUCUGUUUAAUACAAGAAAUAGAACUACACCUGUGAAAUAGGUUUUACCCCAAAGCUUCCUCAUACCUCUCUUUAAAAUAUUUAAUUGUGGUUUCCUUUUAAGACCUUUCCUUGGUGCGAUUGACAUGCUUGUAUUUUUCAUGGUUUAUGUGGACUUCCCUUGGAUAGCUAAGCACCCAUUUCCCCUGUCAUUAGCAGCUAAUCUAAAUGUAGGAUAAAGUUACUUGGCCAAAUAAUCUUAACAACACAUCCGUUUAAGAUGCCUUGGCUUUUUGGUCUUAUGGAGGCUGUUAAGCGCAUUUCGCUUGAUUUGUUCAAUCAUAUGAUCUGGCAGGAAGAUUUGGGAAAAAUAGCCUUUCCAUGCACGGCUCAUGUGCAAUGCAUACUGAGAAUGUCAUCUUUCAUCCCUGCAAUGCCAGAUCUGUUAAGCGGUGAUGAAAGUCAUUACUCCUGACCUGACUUGAAAUUGUAGUGAGUAGGCAAAUUUUAUGGCCACGUGUUAGAGGAACUGACGCAAAACCAAAAUACUUUUAAGGCGUAUGACCUAAGCCUUACUUUCCUUGACAAGAACCUUAGAGAUGAUGAGGGGAAACUGCUGGGGGAUGUGAGAUUAUCCCUCACCAUGUUUUACUCCAGCAAGAAUCGAAACAGUGACUUUGGACCUUAAGCAAUGAGCCCAUUAUGAAAUAUCCCUCUAAGCCUUAAACUCAACAUUAACUCAGAAAUCCACCAAACCAAGGUCUUCAGCAGAGUUAAGGCACUCGUUUUAAAAGUUGCCAUUAGGAUUUUGGAUGACCUGUCAUUAUAAAUGAGAUCAUCGCCUUCAAUUAAACCAUUUUGUGUGCUGGUGAUUGCUAUCUGUUUGUGCUUCUUCUGAAGAACUUGCAUAAUCAAAAGUCUGAUUGUACCUUUUGUAAGGCUGUGAUUUUAUUAUGAAUAAAAUGACAUACUAAUU